CCGUCCGCGAGCGGAAGCGGCGGAGAACGGGCUGGGUGAGCAGGCGUUGUGACGGUUGAGCGGUGAGUCGGACCCCGGGGGCCGCAGCUCCGCUUCCCCGUCCCGAACGUGGCUGUCGUCGGAGCCGGGCGAGCGUUGGCGGGCUCCGCAGCCGCCGUCGCCGUCGCCGCGGACGCCGCUGUCGCCCAGCGAGCCGGAGGACGGACGCGGCCCGGGAGAGGCCUGCAGGCCUAGCGCGGCCCGCGGAGCCCGACGCGUCGCUGUCUGCCCGUGAGUAGAAACAAAAAAGAAAGAAAACCAGCGCAUCCCCCCCCCCCCCCCCCCGGUAAGAUGGAGGAGAUCUCGUUGGCCAACCUGGAUACUAACAAGCUGGAGGCCAUCGCCCAGGAGAUCUAUGUAGACCUGAUAGAGGAUUCCUGCCUGGGCUUCUGCUUUGAGGUGCACCGGGCGGUCAAGUGUGGCUACUUCUACCUGGAGUUCGCGGACACCGGCAACGUGAAGGAUUUUGGCAUCCAGCCGGUGGAAGACAAAGGAGCAUGCCGCCUCCCGCUUUGCUCCCUGCCGGGAGAACCGGGCAACGGGCCCCAGACGGAGCUGCAGCGUUCACCUCCAGAAUUCCAGUAGUCACACACACCAUGAGAGAGGGCGACAGUGGCCAGGACAAUCAUGUAGACUGGUCCCGUGGCUUGGAGGAGUAAGCUAAGUUGGAGGUGGGGGGGGGGGGGGGGG